AUGAUCGAGUCCAUGGGAGGUGCCGAUGCGGUGACACUGGCAAGCUGGUUCGUCGGCGAUGCCUGCACGGGCCUCGUGGCACGCGCUGUUCCCGCUGAUGACGGCUCGCAGGAAAGUUGGAUUUUGGGAUAUGGCUUCUCCUACGUCUACCGACGCACUGCGGCUCUGUGCCGACCGUUCCAGCAUGAGCACUUUGGAGAGGACUAUCAGUUCUUGGUUGCUCUACGUGAUGCUCCAGGCGGCCGUGGCGUUCGCACCGUCCACGACGAGCAGGGCUUGGUCCUGCAUAUGCAACAAGGCUUGAACCUGUCGAACUCCCAUGCUCAGCAUGUUCUCGAGGCCGCUGGACUGGCUCGCUUGGCCGUGGCAAAGCUGCCAGGCUUCCGCCCGCCGACACGACUGCCGGACCUGGAAUCGCCAUUCAUCAGUCUUGGUGCUGCUCAUCAUAUGUUUCUGCGGCCGCCUUCUUUUCCUGGAGCGGAGACGCUGCGACUGGCGUUGCGAAGGCUCGGGGUGGCUCGCCCACGGUGUGUCGAGAAGCUUGGCAAAAGCAGGUGGCAAGAGGAAGAUGAUGCCGUCGUUUGCUACUGUGUCUGGCGUCGGAAGGAAAUCUUCAUGGAGCCAGGAAGAGUUUUCGCACCAACUCCGCGACUCACUGGGGCACGCUUGCCAGGCGACGUGCCGCGGACAGCGGCUGCAGAGCUACGAGCCCUGAGGCACGUCGGCCGGCUGCUUCUGACCCGCUGUCCUGCCACGUGCUCUGCACGAUCAGAGUGCGAGGGCUGGAUUCGGCUGCAGGUUCAUUACUCCACACAUAUCGCGCUGCUGGCCACACUGGUCACACUGGCAUCGCUUUUCCCGCGGGUGCGCCUGGAAGUUGAGCCACCUGGACUUCAGUUUGGGGUGUAG